GGCUGAGUUUUAUGACGGGCCCGGUGCUGAAGGGCAGGGAACAACUGAUGGUGCUACUUUGAACUGCUUUUCUUUUCUCCUUUUUGCACAAAGAGUCUCAUGUCUGAUAUUUAGACAUGAUGAGCUUUGUGCAAAAGGGGACCUGGCUACUUCUUGCUCUGCUUCAUCCCACUGUUAUUUUGGCACAACAGACCCAAGAAGUCGUUACCGGAGGAUGCUCCCAUCUUGGUCAGGCUUAUGCCGAUAGAGAUGUCUGGAAGCCAGAACCAUGCCAAAUAUGCGUCUGUGACUCAGGAGCUGUUCUCUGUGAUGAAAUAAUGUGUGAUGAACAGAUAUUAGAUUGCCCGAACCCAGAGAUUCCGUUUGGAGAAUGUUGCGCAGUUUGCCCACAGCCACCAAUACCUCCUACUCGCCCUACUAAUGGUCAAGGUGUUCAAGGUCCCAAGGGAGAUCCAGGUCCUCCUGGUAUUCCUGGGAGAAAUGGUGACCCUGGUAUUCCUGGACAACCAGGUUCCCCUGGUUCUCCCGGUGCCCCUGGAAUCUGUCAAUCAUGUCCUCCCGGUGGUCAGAACUAUUCUCCUCAGUUUGAUUCAUAUGAUGUCAAGGCUGGUGGAGGAGGAGGAAUAGGAGGCUAUCCUGGGCCAGCUGGUCCCCCAGGCCCUCCUGGUCCUCCUGGUAUUUCUGGCCAUCCUGGCUCCCCUGGUUCUCCAGGAUACCAAGGGCCCCCUGGUGAAAAUGGACAAGCUGGUCCUGCAGGCCCUCCAGGUCCUCCUGGUAGUUUAGGUGCACCUGGUCCUGCUGGAAAAGAUGGAGAAUCAGGUAGACCAGGAAGACCUGGAGAGCGAGGCCUGCCUGGACCUCCGGGUAUCAAAGGUCCUGCCGGCAUGCCUGGAUUCCCUGGUAUGAAAGGACACAGAGGCUUUGAUGGACGGAAUGGAGAAAAGGGUGAUACAGGUGCUCCUGGGUUAAAGGGUGAAAAUGGUCUUCCUGGUGAAAAUGGGUCUCCUGGACCAAUGGGUCCAAGAGGAACUCCUGGUGAACGGGGACGACCUGGGCUUCCUGGAGCUGCAGGGUCUCGAGGCAAUGAUGGUGCUCGAGGUAGUGAUGGCCAACCGGGCCCCCCUGGUCCUCCUGGAACAGCGGGAUUCCCUGGUUCCCCUGGUGCUAAGGGUGAAGUUGGACCUGCAGGGUCUCCUGGUUCAAGUGGUUCUCCUGGACAAAGAGGAGAACCUGGACCUCAGGGACACGCUGGUGCUCAAGGGCCUCCUGGCCCCCCUGGGAGUAAUGGUAGUCCUGGUGGUAAAGGUGAAAUGGGUCCUUCUGGCAUUCCUGGAGCUCCAGGACUGAUUGGACCUAGGGGUCCUCCAGGACCAGCUGGUACUAAUGGUGUUCCUGGACUUCGUGGUGGUGCAGGUGAACCGGGUAAGAAUGGUGCCAAAGGAGAACCAGGACAACGUGGUGAACGCGGGGAAGCUGGUUCUCCAGGUAUUCCAGGGCCUAAGGGUGAAGAUGGCAAAGACGGUUCUCCUGGAGAGCCUGGUGCAAAUGGACUUCCAGGAUCUGCAGGAGAAAGGGGUGCCCCUGGAUUCCGAGGACCUCCUGGAGCAAACGGCCUUCCAGGAGAAAAGGGGCCUGCUGGGGAACGUGGUGGUCCAGGUCCUGCAGGGACAAGAGGAGUUAGUGGAGAACCAGGCCGAGAUGGUCAACCCGGAGGUCCAGGAAUGAGGGGCAUGCCCGGAAGCCCAGGAGGCCCAGGCAGUGAUGGGAAACCAGGACCUCCAGGAAGUCAAGGAGAAAGUGGCAGACCAGGUCCUCCAGGUCCAUCUGGUCCCCGAGGUCAGCCUGGUGUCAUGGGUUUCCCUGGUCCUAAAGGAAAUGAUGGUGCUCCUGGCAAGAAUGGUGAGCGGGGUGGCCCUGGAGGACCUGGACCUCAGGGUCCUGCUGGAAAAAAUGGUGAAACUGGACCUCAUGGUCCCCCAGGACCAAUGGGACCAUCUGGUGACAAAGGAGAAACAGGACCCCCUGGUCCAGCUGGAUUACAAGGCUUGCCUGGUCCUGGUGGCCCCCCAGGAGAGAACGGAAAACCCGGUGAAGCAGGUCCAAAGGGUGACGUUGGUUCACCUGGAACUCCAGGAGGCAAGGGUGACUCUGGUGCCCCUGGUGAACGUGGAGCUCCUGGACCCCCAGGAACCCCAGGAGCUAGAGGUGGAGUUGGCCCCCCUGGUCCCGAAGGAGGAAAGGGUCCUUCUGGUACUCCUGGGGCAGCUGGUCCUCCUGGGUCUCCUGGUAUUCAAGGGAUGCCUGGUGAAAGAGGAGGCCCUGGAGGUUCAGGUCCAAAAGGCGACAAGGGUGAACCAGGCAGCUCAGGUGCUGAUGGUGCUCCCGGGAAAGAUGGCCCAAGGGGUCCUGUUGGUCCCAUUGGUCCCCCUGGCCCACCUGGACAGAAUGGAGAUAAGGGUGAAAGUGGUGGUCCUGGAAUUCCAGGUCCAAUGGGACCUCGUGGUGGCCCUGGUGAGAGAGGUGAACUUGGACCUCCAGGACCUGCUGGCUUCCCUGGUGCUCCUGGACAAAAUGGUGAGCCUGGUGCUAAAGGAGAAAGAGGUGCUCCUGGUGAAAAAGGAGAAGGAGGUCCUCCCGGAAUUGCAGGACCCACUGGAGGUGCUGGACCUGCGGGUCCUCCUGGUCCUCAAGGAGUCAAAGGUGAACGUGGUAGUCCCGGUGGUCCUGGUGCUACUGGCUUCCCUGGUGCCCGUGGUCCUCCUGGUCCUCCUGGUAAUAGUGGUAGCCCAGGACCUCCAGGCAACAGUGGUGCUCCGGGCAAAGAUGGGCCCCCAGGUCCUGCUGGUAACAGUGGUGCUCCUGGACACCCUGGAGCAGCUGGACCCAAAGGUGAUGCUGGUCAGCCAGGUGAAAAAGGAUCACCUGGUGCUCAAGGCCCACCGGGAGCUCCAGGCCCACUUGGACUUUCAGGGACUGUUGGACCACGGGGUUUUGUAGGACUACCAGGCACACCAGGUGCUAGAGGAAAUGUUGGCCCACAAGGCAUCAAGGGUGAAAAUGGGAAACCAGGGCCCAGUGGUAUCAAUGGAGAACGUGGUCCUCCUGGCCCUCAGGGUCUUCCUGGUCUGGCUGGUACAUCAGGCGAACCUGGAAGAGAUGGAAACCCUGGAUCAGAUGGCCUUCCAGGUCGAGAUGGAUCUCCUGGUACCAAGGGUGAUCGUGGUGAAAGUGGUCCUCCUGGUGUUCCAGGUUCUCCUGGUCAUCCAGGCCCACCAGGUCCUGUUGGUCCAGCUGGAAAGGGUGGUGAAAGAGGAGAGUCUGGCCCAGCUGGUCCAUCUGGGGCUCCAGGUCCUGCUGGUUCCCGAGGUCCUGCUGGUCCUCAAGGUCCACGUGGUGAUAAAGGGGAAACAGGUGAACGUGGUUUUAAUGGCAUCAAAGGACACCGAGGAUUGCCUGGCGCUCCGGGUGCACCAGGGUCUCCAGGUCCUUCUGGUCACCAAGGUGCAAUUGGUAGUCCAGGACCUGCAGGCCCCAGAGGACCUGUUGGACCCGGUGGCUCCCCUGGCAAAGACGGAACAAGUGGACAUCCAGGUCCCAUUGGACCACCAGGACCUCGGGGUAAUAGGGGUGAAAGAGGGUCAGAGGGCUCCCCUGGCCAUCCAGGACAACCAGGCCCUCCUGGACCUCCUGGGGCCCCUGGGCCAUGCUGUGGUGGUGCUGCUGCCAUCUCUGGUGUUGGAGGUGAAAAGGCUGGUGGGUUUUCCCCAUAUUAUGGAGAUGACCCAAUGGAUUUGAAAAUCAACACUGAAGAGAUUAUGUCUUCACUCAAAUCAAUUAAUGGGCAAAUAGAAAACCUCAUUAGCCCUGAUGGCUCUCGCAAAAACCCUGCUCGGAACUGCAGAGACCUGAAAUUCUGUCAUCCUGAACUCCAGAGUGGAGAAUAUUGGGUUGAUCCUAACCAAGGUUGCAAGUUGGAUGCUAUCAAAGUAUUCUGUAAUAUGGAAACUGGGGAAACAUGCAUAAAUGCCAGUCCUUUGAAUGUUCCACGUAAGAACUGGUGGUCAGAAUCUGGUACUGAGAAGAAACACAUUUGGUUUGGAGAGACCAUGGCUGGUGGAUUUCAGUUUAGUUAUGGCAAUCCUGAACUUCCUGAAGAUAUACUUGAUGUCCAGCUUGCAUUCCUCCGACUUCUCUCAAGCAAAGCCUCCCAGAACAUUACCUACCACUGUAAGAAUAGCAUUGCAUACAUGGAUCAGGCCAAUGGGAAUGUAAAGAAAGCCCUGAAGCUGAUGGGGUCAAAUGAAGGAGAAUUUAAAGCUGAAGGAAGUAGCAAAUUCACAUACACAGUUCUGGAGGAUGGUUGCACUAAACACACUGGGGAAUGGGGCAAAACAGUCUUCGAAUAUCGAACACGCAAGGCUAUGAGACUACCUAUUAUAGACAUUGCACCCUAUGAUAUUGGUGGUCCUGAUCAAGAGUUCGGUGUGGACGUUGGCCCUGUUUGCUUUUUAUAAACUAAACUCUAUCUGAAAACCCAGCAAAAAAUUUCACACUCCAUAUGUGUUCCUCUUGUUCUAAUCUUGUCAACCAGUACAAGUAACCAACUAAAUGCCAGUUAUUUAUUUCCAAAAUUUUUGGAAAAAAUAUAAUUUGAGAAAAAAGGAUUUUUUUUUUUUUUUUUUUUGCUGUUACACCAAACACAAUUCAAAUGCUUUUUGUUCUAUUUUUUUACCAAUUCCAAUUUCAAAAUGUCUCAAUGGUGCUAUAAUAAAUAAACUUCAACACUCUUAUAAAAACACUGUGUUACAUUAUUUGAAUCCUAGCCCAUCUGUGGAGCAAUGACUAUGCUCACUAAUAAAAGAUAACCAUUCAUUCUGAAUAGUCAAACAUGAAAUUUUAAAGACCUCCCUGUUUCAACUACCUCAACCUGGUCAGAAGUACAGAUGAAUUCUGAGUCCCAAAAGAACAAAAAAAAUUGUAUAAGUUGCCAGCAUUUUGAAUUUCAUUGAUUUAUUUCCUAAAAUAAUGGUAGGGGAAAAGGCUAGAGGGUAGUGCAAGAAUUUAAUUAUUUUAGUCUUGGAUAGCAAAUACUUUUAAGGUGCUUCUCUCUUUUCCUGUCAUUGCUGGUCAAGAUUACCAAUAUCUGGGAAGACUUUAGAGACACAUGUUUUGGUGCUAAUUUCCUUUCACUUUUAAAACUCUAGAUCAGAAUUGUUGACUUGCAUUCAAAUAUAGGUGCACAUGUUCAUGCAUGUCUCCUGUAAAAAAGUUUGAUUGGCAUGCCACUUCAGAGUACUCUCUUCAUUCUGCAAAAGUCAACAACAACAAAACAAAACAAAUUAUGCAUUUGUCACAAUAACAUGGAGAAUGUGUUGAAAUUUGAAACUUUGUAAACUUGUAUGUGGUUGUUGAUCUUUUUUCUUACAGACACCCAUAAUAAAAUAUCAUAAUGAAA